AACAGCGGGCCAAGGCGGGGUAGGGGGAAGGCCUCCAGUAGCCAGUAGCAGCAAAUAAAAGCCAAGUGGAGAUAGAGGAUAUGGAUAUUCGGGAUGAGAAAGAAAAAUCAGUGUGAGUGAGAUUAAACAGGGAGUAAGGAGCAAGUCGCACAGGACCACAGACAGGGGCCUGGGAGGAUUUGGGGCUUCGCCCUAAGGGAGGAGAACAAGGAUAGCCUGAACGGAAAGAAUGGGGGCCUCCCUGCUCCCACGGGCCCGACCUCGCCCUCACAUACGCGGUCAAAGUCCGGGGCGGAGAGGUGGCAGUGACAGUCCACCAGCCCUACGCCCACCGCCCCCAUCGCCGCAGCCACUGAAUCCCUCGACUUGCCCGCGGAACGCUGCUGCUGCGGGCCGAGUUUCCGGCCGGACGUCUGCUCCUUCUUCCCGGGGAACCCGCUCUUCCGCUCCCAGAGUUCCCGCCCACAAUUCAAGUUGGAAAAAUGGAGGGGGUUCGUGAGUCGGUGGCGCUUUCUGCUUCGCGGGACGUGGAGAGCGCGGCCGGGACAGACGAUGGGGCUUCGGUUCUUGCCACCUCCCGAAAAGACUUCCGGGUGCGCUGCACCUCGAAGCGGGCCGUGACGGAAAUGCUAGAACUGUGCGGCCGCUUUGUGCAAAAGCUGGGGGACGCGCUGCCAGAGGAGAUUCGGCAGCCCGUGCUGCGAGAUGCGCAGUGGACUUUUGAAUCAGCUGUGCAAGAGAAUGUCAGCAUUAAUGGGCAAGCAUGGCAGGAAGCUUCAGCCAAUUACUUUAUGGAUUCUGAUAUCAAAGUCCUUGAAGACCAGUUUGAUGAAAUCAUAGUCGAUAUAGCCACAAAACGUAAGCAGUAUCCCAGAAAGAUCCUUGAAUGUGUCAUCAGAAUCAUAAAAGCAAAACAAGAAAUUCUGAAGCAAUACCACCCUGUUGUACAUUCAUUGGACCUACAACAUGACCCUGAUCCAGCCCCUCGUAUGGAAAAUUUGAAAUGCAGAGGAGAAACAAUAGCUAAGGAGAUCAGUGAAGCCAUGAAGUCCUUGCCUGCAUUAAUUGAACAAGGAGAUGGAUUUUCCCAAGUUUUAAAGAUGCAGCCUGUUAUCCAGCUCCAGAGAGUCCACCAAGAAGUGUUUUCCGGUUGUUGUAGGAAACCAGAUGUUAAACCUGAGAGCUUUAUCGCACAAAUAGAAACCACACCAGCAGAGACUUCUGCUAGGAAAGACACUGACUUGGUACUGAGAAGAAAGCGAACUAAAGACUGCCCCCAGAGAAAAUGGUAUCCACUGCGGCCAAAGAGAAUCAGUCUUGACACAUAAACUCUUUUUGUUUAUCUUGGGAGUUGAGAUUAGGCACUAUCAACAUUUAGAUUCCAGCUUAAUGCCUGGACGGGACUUCAUUUAAAACAACAGAUAAGUAGUGAUUCUUUUAUACAAAUAUAGUAGCUCUGUGCUGGGGUAUGAUGUAAUAUUGUAUUUCUUUCCUCACCUUUGCAUUGAUAGUCAGUGAAAAGCGUAUUGUUUGAAUAUUGGCACAAAGCCUAUCAGUGGUCAUUAAGAGUGCAAGCUUUUACUGUCCUUGAAUGCCAUUAACACUUGGCUGCCUUACAGCUUUUAUGGAAUUUCAGAAGUAACAUAUUCCAUUGGGUUUCCUGGAUAUACAUCUUUCUUUUAAAAAAAGAGCUGUGUGACAGUUGUCGUUAUUUAAGGGCUGAAAGUCAUCAUCAGUUCUGCACAGGAGCAGAUGCAGUCCUCCCCUACCCCUGCAAAGCAGUUUGAUUUAUCAAAUUAGCGUUCAGGUGACAAGACUGGCUCUGACUUUGUUACUCUAAGUUCUGCUAAUUUGGAUUUGUGGGAUUAAUUUUAGGAUUUUUUGGUUUUGUUUUAUAAGAUAAAGAAGAUGAUUAUUUGUGUAAAAAUUUCUCUUAGAAAUAAAAAUUGGCACGUAGCCAAUGUUUCUUACCCACACUUCUGUUUUUCAUAGAUCUCUUAACUUUUUUUUUUUUUUUUUUUUUUUGCGGUACGGGGGCCUCUCACUGUUGCGGCCUCUCCCGUUGUGGAGCACAGGCUCCGGAUGCGCAGGCCCAGCGGCCACGGCUCAUGGGCCCAGCCGCUCCGCGGCACGUGGGAUCCUCCCGGACCGGGGCACGAACCCGCGUCCCCUGCAUCGGCAGGCGGACUCUCAACCACUGCGCCACCAGGGAAGCCCCCAUAGAUCUCUUAACUUUUAAACAUAAUUUGACUUGGAACUAAUAGUUUCUUUUCAGGAUUUCUCAUUAUUUCUUUGUAAAUGACUCCAGGUCAAAGAUACAUAUAUCAGAUUAAUACAUUAAACAAAUUGUCAUUGUGGAACAAAUACAGAUGCAAUCAUACUGAACUAUUUUACAUUUAAGAAUGUUUAUAUAUCAAGUAUAUAAUCAUUGGUAGAAGUCUGAGAAAGCUAUAUUGCCUAUACUUCUAACAUUAACUGCAGUUUUUUUUUUUUUUUUUUUUUUUUUUUUGCGGUAUGCAGGCCUCUCACUGUUGUGGCCUCCCCCGUCGCGGAGCACAGGCUCCGGACGUGCAGGCUCCGGACGCGCAGGCUCAGCGGCCAUGGCUCACGGGCCCAGCCGCUCCGCGGCAUAUGGGAUCCUCCCAGACCGGGGCACGAACCCGUAUCCCCUGCAUCGGCAGGCGGACUCUCAACCACUUGCGCCACCAGGGAGGCCCUAACUGCAGUUUUUUAUCUCUUAUUGUGUCUCUUACAUUAAUACAAUGUAGGCAGGGUCAUCUAAUUUGCCAGCUGUUUCCCUAUUGAUGACUGAAUACCUUCAUUCCUUUGCAGAGGAAUUUACUAAUCAUGAGGCUGGAAAAUCCAUACUUCUCUUGUUCAUUAUGUCUUAAUAAUCAUAAAAGUCUGAAUGUGACAGAAAAUCUGUCUCAGUGAAGAAAACUUACAAAGCUACUUUAUCGCAUUCUGUAUUUGAAUGUUACAACUUGAGAUCUGUAUAUUUGUACACAGCAGUGUGUUUUUUAUUAAAAUAA